AUGUCAUUCACAAGCAAGGCUCCAGGCUCACUCUCUAUUGAUGCGAACGGCGGGAAACGACUUGGAUCAGCAUGGUUCGAGCUCGAAGCAGGAUCGACACACUCACACCCUGCGAACGGCGGGAAACGACUUGGAUCAGCAUGGCUCGAGCUCGAAGGAGGAUCGACACACUCACAUCCUGCGAACGUCAGGAAACGACUUGAAUCAGCAUGGCUCGAGGUCAAAGCAGGAUCGACACACUCACAACCUGCGAACGGCAAGAAACGACUUGGAUCAGCAUGGCUCGAGCUCGAGCUCAAAGGAGGAUCGACACACUCACAUACUGCGAACGGCAAGAAACGACUUGGAUCAGCAUGGCUCGAGGUCGAAGCAGGAUCGACACACUCACAACCUGCGAACGGGGGGAAACGGCAUGGAUCAGCAUGGCUCGAGGUCGAAGCAGGAUCGAUACACUCACUUCCUGCGAACGGCGGGAAACGACUUGGAUCAGCAUGGCUCGAGGUCGAAGCAGGAUCGACACACUCACGUGCUGCGAACGGCGGGAAACGACUUGGAAACGACUUGGCAUGGCUCGAGGUCGAAGCAGGAUCGACACACUCACAACCUGCGAACGGCGGGAAACGGCUUGGAUCAGCAUGGCUCGAGGUCGAAGCAUUCGAGCUCGAAGCAGGAUCGACACACUCACACGCUGCCAACGGCGUGAACCGAAUUGGAUCAGCAUGGCUCGAGCUCGAAGUAGGAUCGACACACUCACAACCUGCGAACGGCAGAAAACGACUUGGCGGGAAAUGGCCUGGAUCAGCAUGGCUCGAGGUCGAAGCAGGAUCGACACACUCACACGCUGUGAACGGCGGGAAAUGGCCUGGAUCAGUAUGGCUCGAGGUCAAAGCAGGAUCGACACACUCACAUCCUGCGAACGGCGGGAAACGACUUGGAUCAGCAUGGCUCGAGGUCGAAGCAGGAUCGACACACUCACUUCCUGCGAACGGCGGGAAACGACUUGGAUCAGCCUGGCUCGAGGUCGAAGCAGGAUCAACACACUCACACGCUGCGAACGUCGGGAAGCGACUUGAAUCAGCAUGGCUCGAAUUCGAAGCAGGAUCGACACGCUCACAGACUGCGAAAGGUGGGAAACGGCUUGGAUCAGCAUGGCUCGAGCUCGAAGCAGCAUGGACACACUCACUUUCUGCGCACGGCGGGAAGCGACUUGGAUCAGCAUGGCUCAAGGUCGAAGCAGCAUGGACACACUCACAAGCUGCGAACGACGGGAAACGACUUGGAUCAGCAUGGCUCGAGGUCGAAGCAGGAUCGACACACUCACUUCCUGCGAACGGCGUGAACCGAAUUGGAUCAGCAUGGCCCGAGGUCGAAGCAGGAUCCACAGACUCACAAACUGCGAACGGCGGGAAACGACUUGGAUCAGUAUGGCUCGAGGUCGAAGCAAGAUCGACACACUCACAACCUGCGAACGGUGGGAAACGACUUGCAUCAGCAUGGCUCGAGGUCGAGGCAGGAUCGAUACACUCACUUCCUGCGAACGGCGGGAAACGACUUGGAUCAGCAUGGCUCGAGGUCGAAGCAGGAUCGACACACUCACGUGCUGCGAACGGCGGGAAACGACUUGGGUCAGCAUGGCUCGAGCUCGAAGCAGGAUCGACACACUCACUUUCUGCGAACGGCGGGAAAUGA